AUGUCCGAGUCUCCUUAUCCUCCAGUGGCAAAACACAACCUGGCUAGGAGCCGCAGCAAGACUCGGUGGAUCAUUGCUGAAGAUCCAGACUGGUCCCUUGCUCUGGUGCCUCUUUUAUCGCAACUCUGCCUGCAAAGCAUUGUGAAAAACUUUGAAAAGAAGCCCAUACUUGAAGAACUUGGGCCUGACCAUAAAGACUUUGUGCUGGAGAGACUGUCCCCCUCUCUGCCCCUACAUUUAACAGCAAACUUGAUCAGCGAUGACGGCUACUGGAAGCGAUGCUGCAACGAGCGGUGGGAGCUUUGUGAUGUCUCUAAGUAUGGCCACAGCUGGAAACGAAUGUUCUUUGAAAGGCACCUGGAAAACAUUAUUGAGCUCUUUAUCCCUGAUUUGACUGACCCAAAGACAGUUCUAGAUAUGGCCCCUCUUUGCAAGAACUAUGUCAAGAGGCUGGACAUCUCCCAGCUGCUGCCACCCAUCAAGGAGCCACAGCAGGCAGAAGAGGAAGAUGACUCAGACUUGACUUGUGAUAGUGACUCUUAUGUGACAUCUGUGGACCACUUUGACUUUGGCAUCCUGCUGAACAAGCUGACCAACCUGGAGGAGCUCCAUUUGGUGUACAGGGUCAAGCACUGUGGCAUGAACUUUGAGUGGAAUCUGUUUGAGUUCACCACUCGGGACUGUGAGUGCCUGGCCAAGGCUCUUAAGGCCUGUAAGACCUUGAAGCUUCUGAGGCUGCACCAAAGUAAAGUGGAGGAUGAAAAGUGCCGGCUGCUGGUGAAAUCCCUCUUGGACCACCCCUCGCUGAGAGAGCUCGACCUCUCUUACAACAUUAUAGGAGACCGAGGAGCCAGGGCCAUCGGCAAGCUGCUCAACAGGAGCAAACUGGAGACCCUGAACGUCUGCAACAACAACAUUAGAGGCCCGGGAGGGCAAGCUUUAGCUCAUGCCCUGUCUAAGAACUCCACCCUGUUGUCCCUCAACCUGCGUCUGAACUGUCUGGGAGAUGAAGGGGGUCAGGCUAUUGGCCAGGCCUUGCUGAACAACAGCACCCUACUCCACCUUCAUCUAGGAGGCAACGAGAUGAGUGAGCCAUCUGCCAACGCCCUGUCUAAAGUGCUGGCACAUAACAACACCCUGAAGAGCAUCAACCUCUCCUGCAACAGGCUUGGCAAGGAUGGAGGUAAAGCUCUGGAGGAGGGGAUGUCUCAUAACACGACCGUUAUAGAGUGUGAUAUCCGUCUGACAGAGGUGGACCAGGAGAGCAGUGUCUGCAUCAACCAAGUGGUUCGGACCAAUCAGAGAAAAGCACGCAAAAAACAAGCUCAAGAGAGUAAAACUAAGUAGACAUGAGAGCACCUGUAUCCAGCACAAGCCCAUCUGCAUUACUCACUGAUUCCUGUCUCAGAUUGACUCCUGCAGCAUGAACCCUGUAUUUACUAAGCUAUGGCGCACCACCACUGCAGUGCGAGAAAAUGAGAUAUUAAAGUUGUAAAAUUUAAAGGAAAACUCCAGUUUCUACUCAGGUUUUACCCC